AUGGAUCCAGCGACCAUUCUAGCCAUCACAGGAGCGUGCGUAGGAAUCACUCGCAACGCAGCCAGUUUCGUAACGGGUUUGAACGAUCUUAUUGUCAGAUUUCGAGAUGUGGAGCUUGACCUUUCCGCAAUUGAAGCUCAGACCGGCGUGCUGGGCCUGGUCUCGGAACGUCUUCGUCUCUGGAUCAAUAUCUAUCAGGAUGAGUUAAGUGACAUAGAGUGGACGAGGCUGUGGGAAUGUGUCUACAAAUUGCGAGCAACUAGCGCGACUGGAGUGCAACGCAGGAAGCUCAGUAUCUGGAAAAGAGGGCAAGCACUCUUCGCCCAGCCACAACUGCAACGAUACGCAAGAGCACUUGAGCAGCAGGGCAAUGCCGUGAAUGCAUUUCUUCAAGUUUUUCAAAGACCUGCCGCCUUGCAAAAUAAAAGGACCAGUAUUAUCAUCGAUGGAGCAAUUAGCUCUGCUUCUAAAACAUCUGCUGAGAUUAUGGCUUGGCUUCAACAAGUAGACACUGAUGAAGGUACCGGUUCAGAUAGAGAUUCGGGCUUUUUCCAAGACACCGCCUCAAAUGCCUCUUCCAACCGUAGUUCCACUACAGUUUCGAUCAACACUGAGUCUCUUCUGACGCACCCUAGUCAAUUGACUCCUCUACAUAUCCCUCACUUAUCCGACGGAAUUUAUGACAGGGACCAUCGGCAGCGGGGACAUAUAACGCGACGCGCAUUUCCUAGGCCAUACACCACACAUAGGCGCGUUCCUGAUCCCAGAUCGAACUCUUCGAAUCUUAAUCAGAAUGUUCGACAUCGCGCAGCUCCCGAAGAUCCAGGAGGAGAUGAUAGCCCUCCGUCAUCAGAUUCAGACGACAGCGACAAUGUGACAACAGUUAGUUAUAUGCGGUCAUCAGAUUUAGACGACAGCGACAGCGUGACAACAUACAGCGCGUACGGAAUCCGUGAUCAACUGCAACGGAUGAGUAUUGCCUCUUCGCCGUUUCACCUAAAUCAACAACCUGCUGACCCGAUGGCCGAAAACAUUCACAGUGAUCUUGUAAGACUGCAAGAAAUCAUGUUGGAACUUCGCCGUAACAACAACAGCAUUCCAACUGCACUAGAAGCCCAGAUAGAACGAUUAUUCAACCAGAUCCGGGAUAAUCUGCGCGUGUUCGGGAAUGAAGACGAACAAAUUCUCCGAGGAUCAAAUAUCCAUAGCAGAAAUGCUUCGGGCGAAACUGCACUUCAUAUCGCUGCAAAGAAGCGACCUGUGGACAUUGCUGCGAUUCGAAGAUUCCUCAACCUUGGUGCGUCCGCAUUACUUAAGGAUUAUCAACUCAAUACGCCUCUACUCUCUCUCGUCUCGACUAAGUACGAUUGGAACGAUGACUCUGGAGAUGCUGUCUCUUUGCUGCUCAAUGCAGGAGUAGAUAUUAAUGCAAGGCCUAACAACGGAUGGACAGCUCUAAGUCGAGUAACAGAUGAUAUGGACACCAGAACCUUUGGGAUCCUUCUCGAAAGUGGUGCGGAUGUUAACACAACAACGCCAGACCUCAUGACGCCUUUACACAGAGCUGCAGAAAGGCCCUCGCUAUACGGAGUAGAACUCUUGUUAUCUCGCUCUGCCGAUCCCAACGCAAUUUCGCAAGGCGGCGAAACUCCGCUGAGCCUGGUGUGUCAACUCAGCUGCGCGCAUGAAAGAGCACAAGCAACUAUAGUUGAAAAGUUACUUACCGCCGGAGCGAGGCUAGACGCUGGCCCAGCUGGGGCAAAGCGGCCGCUGGAUGCAGUGAUCAAGGCGUUGAAAAGCAAAGAGCUCACCCUGAAACUUUUCAGGUGGAAUUCAGGUGACAUGCCCUCGUUCAUUUGGGCACGGAGUGCGGUGGAAAACUCCAUGUACACGAUCCUCGUUCUACUUGAGCAUUUGAACACAGUCACGCUACACUAUACGACUCGUACUGCGGUUCAAAGUAUGUAUGUCUUCAGGCCAAUGAGCAAUCUUGAGUCUAUACCCAUUUCCGACUUACGACGUCGAUUCAAGCAACGAAUUGGAGAGAUUGUGGUCCUUAGUAACAGACAGCUACAGCUAUACGAUGAUUUGAACGAUGGCCCCCAGUGGGAUACAACUGGCCAUGGCCAAAUGAGCCGAUGUUCUAUUCGAAGAUCGUGAGGCCUCUUUAUGCCUCGAUGUUUGAGCCAGAUGAUGUGCUUGGGUCAGCCGAGUAUGUCAUAUCCGCAGGUUAUUUAACACGUGCAGAACUCUCAAGAGACAAGAUCGGAUAAUUAAUGAUGCUCCAUGCGUAAGGUGCUCUGUCGCUCGUUCUGGGGGAAAUUCUACUCUUGAUGACACGGGAUAGAGUUUUCGAUUGCUAGCCAGUCUUCCAUCUCUUACGAAUCUCCAUUCCUUUCAUCCAC